UUAAAAUUACUAAACGUGAAAAUCACUUAAAAGAAAGAGACGUAUAUUUUAUUUUUUCUGAUAUUUUUUAGAAAAUCAACAAAAUGCCCAAAGUUAAAAGAAGUAGAAAACCACCACCGGAUGGAUGGGAAUUGAUUGAACCAACCCUUGAUGAGCUAGAUGCGAAAAUGAGGGAAGCUGAGACAGAUCCACAUGAAGGGAAAAGAAAGGUGGAGGCUCUCUGGCCAAUCUUCAGGCUGCAUCACCAAAGAUCCAGAUACAUAUAUGAUCUGUUUUAUAGAAGAAAGGCUAUCAGUAGAGAGCUAUAUGAAUACUGCCUAAAGGAGAAUAUUGCUGACAAAAACUUGAUAGCCAAGUGGAAGAAACAGGGAUAUGAGAACCUAUGUUGUUUGCGCUGUAUUCAGGCUAGAGAUACCAACUUUGGAACAAACUGUAUCUGUCGUGUACCUAAAAGUAAACUUGAAGCUGGAAAGAUUGUGGAAUGUAUACACUGUGGAUGUAGAGGUUGUUCAGGAUAGUUAACUGCCACUGACAAACAUACAUAACAUACAUUUUGUGAUGAUGUCCGAGUGAAAACUGCCAGAUUUUUUACAAUACCGGACAUGUCGGGAUAUUUGAUGAAUUUAUUUUCAACAGACUUUGCUUUAUGUUGGAAAAUUGAUCUAAAAGAAAAAUAUUUCUUGACCUGUUGUAUGGAUGAGAUGUAUAAUCCAGUCAUUUUACAAGCCUCUUAAGGCAGAUUUCCUCCUAACAAUGCUUUUGCAGCAUGCCUUCAUUUUUAAAGAUUGUUCAUAGUGCAGAAAUUCUUGUAUUAUUUCCUCAAAAUAUUUAUGCUGUUAUAUAGUCGUAUUUAACCAGUAUGUCUCCAAUUAAACAGCAUAAAUUAUAACACUUUCUUGUAAGCAAGUUGAAAGUUUUAUUGCAAAUUACAAUAUACCUUCAAAAGUCUGAGGCACACACUGUAAUGAUUUUUAUCUUGUACAUGUAAUUCAGGUCAAAUCAUUGUAACAUUUUUCAUUGAUACAUCGUUUCUUGUACAAAUAUUGUAAAUGUGUCUUUCAUUGUAAUAAAAGAUAUACAUAGUG